AUGAUCCUUAGUUUAUUGGUAUUUCAGAUCAAAGACUCCAUUGUGCGAAGUGUGUCAAAUAUUCAAGUGAAUAAUUUACAAUCCUUGACUCAAGUGACGUCUGUGAUCGCACGAGCCACACUGGAACCGAGUGAGGUGACAUUUGAUACACAGGAUCUUGCUCUUCAAACUUUAAGAUCUAUGACGUCAUUGUUACGAAGCAAGACCAAAGAAGAUUACGGUUCAGAGUCUGUCCUAGUUGAACAAGGCGGGGAGAACCUGGUACUGAGUCUGGGUAACAUUCUCAACUCUGCUUCUCAGAAGGCAAGUGUGAUCGAAAGAACAGCAGAGACAUCGGAAAUACGGUCCAAGAGCGAAAAUGUCUCGAAAGACACAGCGAAGCUUAUCGAUGAUGUCAGCGUUGCUCUCCUAUCAAAAAUGUUAGUGGACCAGGAACCCAACCGCGUGCAAACACAGUCCUUGAGCAUGGUGCUCAACAGACUUAGUCCUAGAUCACUGGGAACAGCGACAAAUUUUACAGACGAUCCUUAUGCAGGAGAGUUCAAAUUCUCCAUUAACGCCAUAACCGACGAGAGAGCGAGAGAUGCUGAGUACAUAGACAGUGUGAUGACUCUGAGUACAUUCAAUCCUUUUACGUGGGACGACAGUGCAUCCCGUGUUGAUUCUAACGUCCUCAGCUUGACCAUCAAAAACCACGAGGGUCAGACUUUAUCAGUGAAAGAUAGUGACGAAUAUAUCGAGAUGAAGAUUCCACGUGAGGGCAAUAUUCAGCCCGAAGGAAGUGGCUUGUAUUUUUCUAAACCCAGUAGUGAAGGAAAGAUGCAGUACCAUGUAGUGAGCUUGCAGCAUGCGGACGGUGGCGCUGUAAGAUUUAGAAUAAAACCAAGUGAAGGCAAAGUCAUCUUUAAAGUAUUCGUGCGAUAUGGCCAGCGACCAACUGUCACAGAGCAUGAUGUAUCGAGGCAAAUUCCGCAUCCUUCGUGCGUGAAGUCCUCCCAAGAUUCUUACAGCCAUUGCAGAAAUGAUGCGUACGACGUCCUAUUGUUACCUGACAAGGUGAACAAACCAGGAAAAUACUAUAUUGGCAUACUGUACGAAAAUGAUGAAGGAGAACUUCAGAGUCGACGUAAGAAACGGUCAUGUUCCAGAGGGGGCCGCCAAAAGAGAUCAUGUGUGGAGGUUAAGGAAGCACCAAGACCUGAGAACAUCACUGUAAAGCCAGUUUACGACCCAAAGACAGACGUGAAUUAUUCAUUGAGUCUGCUGAAAGAAAACUGUCUGUUUUGGGACAGUAAAGAAGAACGUUGGUUAUCAAGAGGUUGCAAAGUAGGCCCAGGGUCAGAGGUGUCAUCCUUACAUUGUUUGUGUAAUCAUCUGACGUCAUUUGGUGGAGGUGUCCUAAUGAUGCCGAACAAGCUAGAUUUUGAUGUAGUCUUCUAUGAACUCACGCGCCUCCAUGAGACUGGAAAUGUUGCCGUCCUUGUCACAAUAAUAGCGGUACUGCUAUUGUACUUUUUAGUGGUAGUAUUUGCAAGGAAAUAUGAUAGAAAAGAUAGGGCCAAGAGUGGUCCUGUUAUCCAUCUACCUUCUUCUCACGACGCAAAUGAAUUUAAUUACCAAUUGACAUUGGCCACGGGAGUAUGGAAGAAUUCUGGGACUGAUGCUCGUAUCGUUAUCACCAUUCAUGGAAACGAGGCGCAAAGUGAACCUCUAAUGUUGCACAAGAACACGAUAGACUCAAGGACGUUGCUGGCGCGUGGAAACGAGGAUACAUUCAGGAUUCACCUGCCGAUGUCACUGGGUGAAAUUGAAUACAUUCACAUAUGGCACGAUAAUUCUGGAAAAGAUCCUUCAUGGUUUCUCAGCCAUGCGAUUGUCAUGGAUCUCCAGACGGGUAGAAAAUUGACAUUUUUUUGCAACGAUUGGUUUGCGGUUGAGAAAGGGGACGGUAAAAUAAACAGAAUUCUAACCCCUGUAGGUUCGCAAGAGAUGCAGAAGUUUAGUUAUUCUUUGAGAUCGCAAGGCUCCAGAGGUUUUUCCGAUGGACACGUUUGGCUUUCGGUUGUUACUAAGCCACCGAGGAGUCAAUUCUCACGUGUCCAAAGGGCAACAUGCUGCCUUUGUAUAUUGUUUUCUGCGAUGUUAGCAAAUGCCCUAUUCUACCGGACGGACAAAGAGCCAGAUCCUACCCUACAAAUUGGUCCGUUAAAAUUCAGCUGGAGACAAAUAAUGGUGGGAAUUGAAAGCGCCCUGAUAAUAACUCCAGUAAACUUGAUGAUUAUGACAUUUUUCAAGAGGAGUGGCGAGAAAACUCCGAAUAAAGUCGACGUAAAAAAACCGAAAAGCAGUCCUGCUCCCUUUUGUGGCAAGUCGUCAACUACCAGUUCAGGGGAUAUUGACGACGUUGAUAUCACGCUAAAUGAAAAGAGGUCAUAUUUUAAUAAAAAACCCCAAAGUCAGGCUGAUGCCAAGAAGAAAUUUAUGCUCCCUCACUUCUUUAUCCACGUUGCUUGGUUUUUGGUCCUUGUUACUGUUUCUGUGUGUGCCGUCUUUACGUUCCUCUUUAGUUUGCAGUGGGGAAAGGAUAUUUCGAACCAGUGGCUUUCCUCGAUGUUUGUAUCUUUCACCCAAGACCUAUUUGUCCUCCAGCCUAUGAAGAUAUUGAUUAUUAUGGUGUUAACUGCUUCUUUGUUUCGCAAUAAUAAUGAAACUGAAACUGUCAGCCACAAUAGUAAAGGGAAACUGCAAUCAGAAAUAAAAUCUGUCAGCGAAAAUCAGAGUGUUAAAGUAGAGAUGCCAAAAGAGGGUGACCUUAUACUUGCAAGAGAGUACAGGACAAGGGAGGCAAAGAUGUUUUCCUUUUUGAGAGAGCUUCUGGGAUAUCUUCUGUUUCUCUUUUUGUUUAUAAUUGUGUGUUACGGAAGCAGAAGUUAUCAUGGAUAUCUCAUGACUAUGGAUCUAAAAGAUACCCUUCUAGACUUUUCUUUGGCUCACGAUCCACGGUAUUUCUGGGAAUGGCUUGAUACUCAGUUUGUGGACAGUGUCUACAGCAGCAACUGGUACAACAACGACAAAAUCAAAAAGCAAGAGUACAUUGGCAACAAGAUGUCUCUUCUCUUAGGAAUGCCUCGCUUGCGACAACUAAGGAUACAGAAAGAUUCUUGCAUUGUUCCAAGGAUAGUGCGAGGCAUCAUAAAAAGGGGCUGCUACGACCUCUAUGAUUUCGAUGAAGAGGAUAAAACUCCUGCAAACCUUCCAGGCUGGAGGCCCUUCAGUGGUUCUGUAAAAUGGGCAAAUUUUUCCGAGCUAUGCCCACUGCCAUGGCAAUAUGUGCCAAACGAGGAACUCCGCAGCUCACCGAGCUGGGGUUACUUCAAUUUCUAUGACGGAGGUGGCUAUGUUGCAGAUCUAGGCUACAAUAGCAGUACAGCUCAGGCAGUCAUCUCCGACUUGAUAGAAUACGGUUGGAUCGACCGGCAGACCCGCGUCGUCCUGCUUGAGUUCACUAUCUAUAACCCUAACACGGGCUACCUUAUCAUUUCAGCGUACCAUUUUGAAAUAUUGCCCACAGGGUAUGGCUAUCCUUUUCCAAAGAUAGACACUAUUCUGCUGACAAGUACUGAAACAGGCUUUUACGAGUUUUACCUGAUUUGUCAGUUCUUAUUUAUCAUGAUGGCAUUCGUAUUUUUCAUUAUCGAGAUGUACAAGCUAUAUCGAGCCACGUGGACCUAUUUAAGAGAUGUGUGGAACUGGGUGGAAAUUCUACGAAUAUUUUUGUCGGUACUGGUCGUGGUAUUCUACAUAAUAAAGUCCAAGCUGAUACUUAAAUUCGCUGCUAUUGUGAAGGAAAACCCAUUCGCCACCGUAAGUUUUGGAGAAGCUGUUACCUGGAGCCAUGCAGAAACCACCGCUUUAGCCAUUGCAGCUUUCUUCACAACCUUGAAACUUCUACACGUAAUUCGCUUUAAUCAGCAGGUCUCCAUAAUGAUGUCCUCUUUUCGCGUUUCUAAGAGUUUAUUGUUGUCCUAUUCUGUGAUUUUUAUCAUUAUUUUCGUCUCAUACGCUCAGAUGGGGAAGCUGGCGUUCGGCAACCACAUUCAUGGUUACUCAUCAGUCUACAAUGCAUUGUUUUCAGAAGUCAUCGUGUGCCUUGGCGGCCAAAUGAGAUUUCAUGAGUUAACAGGAGUUCAUCGCUUUUUGGGUCCUUUAUACGGUAUUUCCUUUCUUGCCCUGAUGUCUUUCAUUUUUAUGAACUUUUUCGUGGCAAUUUUGAACAAUUCUUUCGAAGACGUCAAAAGCAAAACUGAUAAACAAUCCAAAGAAUUUGAGAUGACUGAUUUUAUACUCGAGAGAGUGUGUGAGAUGUUAAGAAUUAACCAGCGAGGGAAAGAUGCGGGUCAUAAUGACUUAGUGAGAGAGGAUGACAUAGCUUCAACCAAUUCCCUGGACAACUUCGAUUUCUCUCUUAAACAAACGUCCGAGGACGGCGGCUCAAAAUUUAACGAAAACUCGGCAAAUCAGACACCCAUUACAAAAUCCCCAUCACAACAUUCGGCAACCAAGUUGGAGUUGGGGGAAUCGAUUAAUCCAAAAUCUUUAAAAAGAACGCCCGAAACACCCGAAAAAGUUUCUUCAACUGAGCUCGAUUUGGAUUCUUCAUUAGUACAGUUGUUUGAAAGGAUCGGUGUGUUGGCCGGUGAUCUCGCAAGGGAAGAUGAACGACUAGAUGUAAAAUUGCUCUAUGUGAUCAGCCAAUUGUCUCUUAGAAAUAAUCGUGAAAUUUCAUGUGAAGGAACUUCAUCAACACUAUAUCGGAUCGAAGAGUCUUCCCCUGCAACAACCACUUUACAAGACAACAUUGAAUGUAACAGGAGCAGUGAGUCAAAAAAUUCUUCAGAAGAUGAAAUUAUGAACUUUAUUAGACGCAGAUCAACUCGCGAGCUACCAAUCCACUUAAAAGCUGGAAGUUUUUACCAUCAGCCUCAAAAUAAUCGAACUGGUGCUAAAUGAGAAAAAUAAGUAUAUCAAUUCUACUGUAAACUUGUGUUUUUCCUGGAUAUACUUUUAGCUUAUGACCACCUCAAUAUGAGCCCCAUUAACAAAGUCCUUAAACAUAUGAGCGAAAGGUUCUCCGAAUUAAACCACCAAUUUCUCAACAUUGUUACUAUGAGCACAAGUGUUGGGAUUGGCACAGUGCCUCUUUUGUAAACCAGUUUUGCUUGAACUAAAUUUCCAUUUUUCGUUUCAGAGAGCGAAGUAUGAUUUCGAUUGAAUGUAAUUAUGCUAGUCACGAUCAGCACUUACGAUCAAAGUAAUCAAAGAUACUCAAAUCAAAGACUCAGAAGGGGAAUUCCUUGCUUGUCUUCUGUAAUGUAAGAGGUCAUUGUAAUAUUCCUUAGCUGCAAAUCAGAGUUGAACAUCUAACUCAGUUGCUGCCAAGAAACGGAGGAUUUUGUCUGUUAUUUAGACCAUUCAUAUAUAUUUUUUCUAUCCUUAUGGGAAUAUGUUAAUGAUGGUGAAAAUCCGCUCUUGCAUUCGAGUCUCCACCUAAAAAUCCCUUUCACCAAACUUGUUUUUACCCACUGUUCACGCGUCUACAGAAGCAGAGGUACAGGGUCGUAUCUAAAUGCAGAAAGUACAUUUUUAACUGAUCAUCACGUCAUCAUCAUUAUCAUCAUCACUAUUAUUAUCGUUAUCAUGAAUACUAUCAUCUUGAUCAUCGUCAUCGACAGUGACUAUAUAGAAAGAUUAUACAGGAUUUAUCGACGUACUCAUAAAUUAAUUCUAAAUACUAUAUUUCGAGAUGUAUCAGCCACCCAUAAUUGGAGAAAUCUCAUUGUUUUGAAAGAAACUUGCUUUGUGUAUACUUAAAACGAUUUAACACUUUUUUGGUAAAGACUGACUUUCUUUAAGUAGUUGUUCAAGACGAGAAAAGAGAACAAGUUUAUCUACAGUAACAGCGUUAGCAGAUGCAUUUAAUGUAUGACAAUUAAAAAAGAUUUUGUAUGAA